AUGGGUUACGGGGUUCAGCCUCAAGAGAAACCGGCGCCGCCAAUUGAUGCUCGAGCGAAGACAGUAUUAAAGGAAGCUGUGGAUGCUGUAGUGAAUAGUUUUGCUAAACAUACACAUGGCUAUGGACGAGUCAAUGUGGUGGAAGCAUUACAAGAGUUCUGGCAGAUGAAACUAGAACGUGGAGCUGAUUUAAAGAAUGGUGCCCUAGUAGCGUAUGAAUCCCUACCCUCCACUACCCCACCCUAUGUUUGUUUUGUAACUUUACCAGGAGGAAGUUGUUUUGGUAGUUUUCAGAAUUGUAAUACGAAGGCUGAAGCUAGAAGAAGCGCUGCUAAAAUAGCUUUAAUGAAUUCAGUAUUUAACGAACAUCCAUCAAGAAAAAUUACUGAUGAAUUUGUUGAGAAAGCUAUAAGAGAUGCCCAGGGAUCGUUUAAUGGCGGUAUCGAAGAUCAUGACAAUCCUGGUACUGGAAUCGGAGCCUUUAAAUUUAUGUUGGAAGCCAACAAGGGAAGGACAAUGUUAGAGUUUCAGGAACUAAUGACUGUAUUCCAGUUGUUACAUUGGAACGGAAGUCUGAAAGCCAUGAGAGAUAGAAAUUGUUCACGUCAAGAAGUAUUAGCUCACUAUUCACACCGAGCUCUUGAUGAUGAUAUGAGAUCACAGAUGGCGCUUGAUUGGAUCGCGCGUGAACAGGAACAUCCCCAUAUAAUAUCGCGUGAAUUACAAAUAGCAGAACAGGAACUAGAAACUGCGAGACUAUCUGGACGAGAGUUACGUGUCUAUAAAGAAAAACGUGAUAUUUUAGUGCUAAGCUUAAGUCAGAUUGCUCCAGCAGAAAGUCUCGCUUAA